CGCGGAUGGUGAAACGUAGAAUGUAUAUUUGUUGUGAUUACCCGCUACUGACCUGUGCUCCCGCCUCAAUUUCUGUUUCCUUUUGAAUUCUCAAACGUGAAAAAAAUGAGUUUGUGAUCAUGUCCACGACAAGCAAAGGAAUAUGGGGCUCUAUGGUCUCCUUAGACCAAGCUGUACAACAUGCCGUACUGACAAGCACAACGAGUGGCGGCACUCCAGAGGCUUUAGAAGCCAGUCACAAUCUUGACUUGGCACUUCAACGACACAGAACUGCUUUCAUCAACCUCCUCCGGAACCCUCCCAAAAAUGCCAAUGAAAGGUCAACAAUACAGAGAGCAUCUACUGAGCCUGUCACUCUCCCAGGGUACUCGGUGCCAAGCAAGCUUACUGAUUCGUUUAUAAAGGAAGUUUUCAUCUUAUCUGAUAUGUUCCAAAUAAGUGAGAUGACUUCGCUAUCUUUAUUGAGAGCAGCAGAAGAAGAACGUACCAUCUACCCAGGUAUUCCAAGGGGACUGAUUGCUGUAUUAUUUUACUAUGAUAGUAGAGUGCAUCUAGCAAAUGCCUUGAAGACUUUAGUUCAAGCCAGACAAGGUAUUUCAUGGGUACUCCUUCCUGAUAAUGAAGAAUUGUCUAUCAGUAUAACCAGGUAUUUAGAACCUAUCCUUAAUAUUAGUAUGGUAGAUAGAAUUAUUGACUUGAUAUCAUCCAUGGACAUAACAAAGGAGAUAGAAAUUUUGCAGCAGAAUCGUGCAUUGGGAGAUGCCAGGCAUAGAAAACUAGUGUUGGACAAAUUUUUGUCUGUACGUACCCUUUUAGCUGAGACACUUUUUGGGUGGGCUGCUCAGACACCUCUCAAAAAAGAUGAGUGUCGGCGCUUGCUGAUUCACUUGUCAAAAGUUAAACUUACUGAGACAAGUGAUGGUUCUUUAGAUCAAGUCAAUUUAGCUUUACUUAUGGCACUCUUGUACAGUUUAGAAGCUGGGCAUAUCUUAAGCACAGAGGAUAUGACAGAGGCUCUCAGUCAGUUUCCCAUUACUAGUGAUCGGACAUUUGUUCAAGAAAUACAUAGGGAAUUGAAGUCAGAUUUAGUGUGGGAUACCCCAGGGUUAAAGUCAGUGGUUUUGUUGGCUUGGACAGUCAGCUUAGCCAAUUUACGACAAGUAGCAGUUGCAACUCAGCUAGCUGAUAUUGAUGCAAUUCUUGAAGAUGAUGAUGCCAUGCUUGAUGAAGCUUUAAAGGGUAAAGUUUUUUCAUUUAUUCAGAAUUCUAUUUUAUCUAAGAAGAAUGUUCCUUUAGAGACAUUUUACUGUCAGCGCCUCCAUGCCAUACUGUCUGAUUUUAUCAUAAGCUUUCCCGAGCGUGUUAAAGCAAUGAAGAACAGAGCUGAUGAAAAUUCAAGGUUAAUCACAGCAAAUCUGAGGGAAAGCUUGCAGCCUCCAACAAAUCUCGAUCAACCUUUUGAAGAAUUGCUCACCUGCUUAGCAGCCCUAUAUCAUGAUGGGCAGUGUGGUGAGCUAGUGGAGGAAUAUUGGUGUCCCAGUGAGAUAUUACCAACAGCAUCUCUUCAAUAUCGUAGUCAAGGUACUCGUCAGAUGGCUCUCUUCAAAUUUGUAAGGCUCCCAGGAGAAUAUUUACCCCCCUCAUUGUUUGUUCCUUAUGUUAAUCUGUUGACUAGUUUAGCCACCACCCAGCGCUCGGCACAGUAUGUGUAUAAUUUUCUUCGUAUGAACAGCCAGCCCCUUUCUCAAGGUAGUAAUCUAGCAUGGGAACACUUCAUGACUGCAUUAAUGCAGUAUUACAAUAACUUGAAAAUGGAGGAACCUGGUGCAAUGGAUACUAUGUACAGGGUUCGCGGAGCACCACGUUGUAUCAAACCUCAAGAAAUACAAGGUUUGUUAGCUGUAUUACAGUUACUUGUUACUGUAGCAGAGAAAGACGAGUUGUCUCGAGUUGCAUUAUGUGAUAAUGCUUCAUGGACACCAUUAUAUGUUUGCACUGGGUUAUUGACAUGUGCUGUGCCUUUAUCACUUAAAAUAGAGUUAAUUAAUACAUUAAAUGCAUUUAGUAAGACUCCAGUUCUUGCACAAAAAGUUUGGGAAUUAAUUGAAGGAGCCAAGCUAAUUCCUCAGCAAGAUGGUGUUGCAGGCUAUCAGCCCCGGGGCCUUUUGGUUGACAUUGAAGAACUGGAGUGCAGUAAGGAAGAGUUCCCUUUGACCAGAUCACUUCUCAAGUUAUUAAGUACACUGGUACAUGCUGGUAUUCCACCCAUGCUGGGAGCUGCAACUCGGCCACCAGGGUUCAGACCUUAUUUAAACCUGGUAAGAGACUGCAUAUUUCUGCGUCAUGAUUCCCGUUCAUAUCGUGAUGCUGGCGAACGCUGGGCAGUAGCCAAAGGAUGUUUAGAACUUCUUCACCAGUUGCUAACAGAGCAGUCUGCUGUUUCUGAAGAUCAUCGUAAUACGAACCCACCUGGUAAUUCUAUCUUGUUAGAUCUUGUGCAAGAGUCUCAGUUACAAAGACAAGUACUUUCUGUUUUACAUGAUGGUGUUCAAAUUUUGCAACAGUACAGAGAGGUCCCAGGUCAGGAAGACUUGCAUGCCAGCUUAUUGCUAGUUCUCCAACUUUUAGCUGCUGCUCAAAGCCAACAACACACGGUGCUUAGUGGUUCAUCAAACCCAGAGGUUAUUUUAGGUGUAGAGAGGCUUCUAAUGGGAGUUAAUCCUCAUACUGGUGUGAGUGAUCAUCUUUUGAAUAUUAUUCAUAUUGUGGCUCACCAUCAAACUUUGCCCCAGCAUGCUACAGUUGCUUGUCAGUUGCUUGCUACUUCAGCUGCAAGUGCAAGCACUCAGACUCACUUGUUGUCCUUGAUUACAUCCACUUCAACAACAGCCACAACUGUUCGUCACAGUUUUGUUGAAAUCAUAGACCAAACUGCUCUUGAUAUACCAGAACACCUUGAAGCUGCAGAAGCAGCACUGAAUUUACUCCUGAAAUUUUUGCCCCUACCCUCACCCAAUGUUGCCCACUUUCUUCUAGGAUAUUUAUCAGAUGGAAUGACUAAUUUACGAUCAGAUCUGCUUGAUGCUGGAGCUCGUGGAUACCCACGUACUGCAUUGCAUGCAACACUAGCUGCCUUACCUUCUUGUCCUCCAAGUUUGGCUGAAGUAGCUUAUCGUUUAAUUUAUUCUUUGUGUAGUGACAGCCUUACUUCAGCUGCAACCCUUAGGUAUCUCCGAUCUUCUCACGAUUUACUUUAUCGCACAGUUGCAAUGGGUUUGUCUCAGGCUGAUUCAAGACUCCAUUUAUUAUCACAAGGUUGGGUUUUAAGGUGUGUAGCCCUUGAAUUACGUUACCAUGACACACAUCAACAGCGCUCACAGUUAGCUCGACUUAUUCACUUGCUUGUAGCAGGGGCAGAGUUACCACAACAAGAACCAUUAGAUGUGUCACAGGGAUGGGUUGGUGGUAUGAGUGGUGGUCGUGGUCCCCUGCUAACUCUGUUAGAUGCAGUUGAUCUUAGUGUGGAUUCUCCACCACCUCUUCAGUGUGAGUACUUUACUCGGGCUCCUGAACUAAUUAAGUCAUGUGAAGGUUCCACUCCUCAAGGUCCUAUGAUCAAUUUAAGGAUGCUACAUCAGCAGCUGACUGCUCUUUUACAAGAAGGAGGCUCAAGUGUGUCAGUUACCCAGCAUGAUCCAUUACAAGCUGAGUUAGAGUUGGUUAUGGGUCAUGCUUUGAUGAUUAAUCAGACUCGAGCAUUUUUAUUUGCCAUUAGACAUUUUCUUGAAGGAUGGAGACAGGUUGUAGAGGUUGUGGUUGCUGUGACUCCUCAGGAUUUAAUAGAAACUGCUACUCAUCACACCUUCCUUCAUACUCUUACUCAUGACUUGUCUCGUCGAUUGUUGGAUGAUUCUGCUUUGCCAUCUCUUACAACACAAUUGGUGUCUACUUUACUUAUGUUGGUUACUACAUUACGUACAUUAUAUGCAAGAACUACUCAGCAUCAUCCACAGUAUGUUUCCAUGUUGGAUGGUGGGAAUGCAAAUAUCCAACCAGAAUUUCCAUCGUCAUUGCAGUUAGUUUUGAGAGGGUUAGUAGAAUGUGUAGCAAGAUUCAGACAGUGCAGUCAAGGGGUUCGUACCUUUACAUAUGGGGCACUUCUUAAUUAUUUGCAGAUUCGAGCUGAUCCCUUUGAGAAAUCUGAAAGUGAAGACAGCACAUGGUCUCUUUUGAUAGCUCCUCGGGAAACCCAAGAAGAGCAGUUCCACAGAGAAAAUUAUGAAGUUGUUCGUGAAGAGUUGCCCCAGUUAGUUGAUGUACUAGCAAUAGAAGCAGGUGGUGGUCAUCAUGUAUGUCAGGUUUUAGCACUUACUUGUCUUAGUGCUCUAAUUGCCUUGGAGCAUCGAGCAACACCUCUCACAACAGACUCAUUAUUGUUAUCUCAUCUUAUUGAUCAAGGGCAUUUGCGACGGUUAUUAGAUGCUCUGAGGACAGAUGAUCGUCAGUUGCUGUCUCUUUUGUCUGAUGAUGUGGAGGAUUUACGACCAUUGUAUGUUUAUGAAGCCAGAAUGUCUCUCUUAGCUCGAUUAGCUUUGUCUCCCUAUGGUGCACAACAGCUGCUACAAGCAGGUCUUACCACACGACUUUCAGAAAUGGUAUCUCUAGAUUAUCGACCAAUUCAACCUGUUCAUGGAUCUGGUGGAGAGGACUUUUUACCUAGUUCAGUACAGCGUUACAGAUCAAUUUUGAUGGCAGCUUUACGAGUUUAUAUUUCCAUCUUGACAUCAUUGGGAAGGGAUAAUUACUCUGCAACUGCUCAUGUUUUGAGGUUUCUUGCAUCCCAUGCAGAGGCUUUGGCUGCUGGAUUAGCAGCUCCUGGUUCACCAUCCUUAAAUGCUCUAGAAGAAGUAGCACUGUUAUCAGCAACAGUUGCAGGUGCUGCUCCUCCAGGUCCCAUAACAACCACGGAUCCUGCACAGUUAGAGGCUUCUGCCCAAGCCACCCGACUUCAGCAACUUCUUAUGGCUUUGCUCCCUCAUGUAUUGCCACAGAGCCGCCUUGCUAAUGCACUGAACUCCUUGCCUGAAAAUGAGGAGGGAGUUAAUGUAAAGGAAACUGCCCGUACUGCAUCUUUAACAACACUUUGUUCUGUGUUGAAUUAUGCUACCGCACGUUUAAUACAUGGAGGAACUGCUGCCCGAGAUAUCACAUUAGUGUUCCGAGCAUCCAUGGAUAAUGGAGUAGCAGUUGGGGCUGUAGGCCGUCCUUUAUCACUAGCAACUUUGAUAGAUUGUGUAGACCAAGUUAGUCAGCAGUUUUCUAUUGCUCGCAAGGCUCGGGAAAGUGCUACCCUCCAACUACAGGCUUUGGAAGCUAAUCAACCUGUUGAACAUCUGAAACAGUAUGUUAGCAGUGCUAUUGCUGAUGCAGCAUCUCCUGCAGCUGUUCGUAGAUUAGCUGAGGAACAUUUAAGUGAGGUAGUAUCCCAACAUCGAAGACAGGAGCAGUUAGCAAUACAUGCUGCUGAGUCAGCAGCAUUGCUGUUGUGGAGGCACUUGGAAUAUUACAUACUUCAUGCACCUUCUGCCCCUGGAACUGGCCAAGAUGACCUUCCUGUUCGUGAAAUGGGUAUCUCUCGUACAUUAACCCCUACUGAAGUAGAAAGCUUGAAGAAACAAGCUGCUACAGCAUUACAGGAUGUCUUACCUAACCUUCAGAAAGUUCAAGAUGAGCACUCUUCUAAAGGUCAUGUUGCUUUCUUAGAUGCUGCUAUUACAAGGAUUCGGAGACUUCUGGUUCCUUAGUCUUCAUUUGAUUGUAUAUUGUUUUUAAAGCAAACACUUUUAUGGACCAUUGAAGUUAGCUUUCCUUAAAUUAAGUAUUUGUCCAGGUGAAUUAUUUGAAAGUACGGUAAUUUUGAAUAUAAUAUAUGAGGAGGGAAAAUUAACUGUUAAUUGUAAAUAGCCUUGGUUUUCAUGUACAGUACUGUGUGUUUGUCAUUGCCAUUGUUUCAUGUACUUUAUUCAAGUUUAGCUUUAGUCUUGAUUAAUUAUGUGAUGAAUAUUUUGUUUUGUUUAUUUUUUCACCUAUGAGUCUCAUCUCAUUUCAUUUUAGUGACAAAUGAAUACUAUCAUAUGUCAUUCAAUUGGCUUUUGUAUUUACUGUCUGACUCAUUUUUCUCAUUUGUUAUCAAUUUUCAUUUUGUGAAGUUAAUCUUAAAGGGAUUUAUUAUACUUGUGUUGACAUCAUUUUGUUUUUACUGGUGUUCAGCAGUUACAAGUGAUAAUUUCAUCACAUUUUGAAGGAAAUUUUAAAUGUAUGGUGAAAAAGUCAUUUUAUGUGAAUUUGAAUGAAAGUUGUUUUUUAAUGUGAAAUCAGUAUAUCUUUUCAAAUAUCAAAUCAUGUUAUAAAAUCCAUUAUUAGUAAGUAAUUAUGGUUAUAUAAUUUUAUUUGAAUGAAGAAGAAGAUUGUUUAUGGAAAAUGUUUAUGGAAAAAUAUAGGUUUUGACCAAGAUUAAUCCUUUAGAAAAUUGUAUGAUAUUGUUAGUUAAUGGUGUAUAUUGCUGAAAUAUCAUAUUUCAGUACAUCCAGAAACUCUGUUAAUUUGGAAUUUAAGUUAUAGGUAGUGCAGUGUAAGAUUAACUAUUCACUGCCAACAUAGUGUCGAUCAAGUUAGAAAGGAUUGCAGUUGUGGAGGUAUAUUGAGUGAGCUUUUGAAGUCCAUACAAUAGUUUUUACAUUUACAUUUUGUACUGUUGUGUUAACUACUUAGUAAGUUAUAAGCCAGUUUUGAAGUUCAUACUGUAUGUUUCUCUUUAUCUCUAUUUGAUAUAAAACUUAGUAACCAUAAAA